AUUUAAUGAAUUUGAUAUGAAAGGGAUGGUAAUAUAAACACAUUUCUGGUAUUCGCGCGAUUGGCAACGCCACUCUCUCCUACCAAAACCCUAGACCCCCAAAUUUGAUCCGAAUCCAUCACAGCCAUGGCUCGUCACAGAGACGAAUAUGACGACGAGAUGGAGGAAGAGGAAGAAUACGACCCGGACCAAGCUAUAGACGAGGACGACGAGGAGGAAGAGGAGGAACGACGAGGAGGAGGACGGCGGCCCAGUCAGAAGCGGAGGAGAUCGGAUUUCAUAGACGAUGUAGCAGAGGAGGACGAUGACGAGGAGGAAGAGGAGUACGAUGAGGAUGACGAGGCUUAUGGUGGUGGUGGUGGUGCGAGUCGUAAGAGGAAGAACAAGAGGCCCUCUGGGUCGCAGUUUCUCGACAUUGAGGCCGAGGUCGAUACCGACGAAGAAGAAGAAGACGAGGAGGGGGAUGAUGACUUUAUUGCUGACAAUGCACCUGAUCUACCUGAAGAAGAGGAUGGUAGAAGGAUGCGUCAUCGGCCGUUGAUGCAAGAAGAUGAGCAAGAAGAUCUUGAAGAGAUUGAGAGAAAUCUUCAAGAGCGGUAUGGGAAGUCAAGUCAUAGGGAGUAUGAUGAAGACACCACAGAUGUGGAUCAGCAAGCUCUUUUACCUUCUGUUAGGGACCCAAAGUUGUGGAUGGUGAAAUGUGCGAUCGGUCGUGAGCGGGAGGUAGCUGUUUGCUUAAUGCAAAAGUAUAUCGAUAAACCUGAACUGCAGAUCAGAUCUGUUAUUGCUCUUGACCACCUUAAAAACUAUGUAUACAUUGAAGCGGACAAAGAAGCCCAUGUGAGGGAGGCUUGCAAAGGUCUGCGCAAUAUAUUUGGCCAGAAAAUAAUGCUUGUUCCAAUUAGAGAAAUGACUGAUGUUCUUUCGGUUGAAAGCAAGGCUAUUGAUCUUUCUAGGGAUACGUGGGUCAGAAUGAAGAGUGGGACAUAUAAAGGAGACCUUGCACAGGUUGCGGAUGUGGACAAUGUGCGGCAGAGAGUUACAGUUAAAUUAAUUCCAAGGAUUGAUUUACAAGCUCUUGCAAAUAAAAUGGAUGGCAGAGAAGUUGUGAGAACAAAAGCAUUUGUUCCUCCUCCACGUUUAUUAAAUAUUGAGGAAGCAAGGGAACUGCAUAUUCUUGGAGAUCGUAAACAAGAUCGGAUGACUGGUGAUUAUUAUCAGACGAUUAAUGGCAUGAUGUUUAAAGAUGGUUUCCUGUAUAAAGCAGUAUCAAUCAAAUCAAUUAGUACUCAGAACAUACAUCCCACGUUUGACGAACUUGAAAAAUUUCGGAAGCCCAGCGAGAAUGGUGAUGGAGAUGUUGCAAGUCUGUCAACUUUAUUUUCAAACAGAAAGAAGGGACACUUUCUGAAGGGCGAUGCAGUUAUUGUUGUCAAGGGAGAUCUAAAAAAUUUGAAAGGAUGGGUUGAGAAAGUUGAGGAGGAGACUGUUCAUAUCAGACCCGAAAUGAAAGAACUCCCAAAAACACUUGCCAUCAAUGAAAAAGAGCUUUGCAAAUACUUUGAACCUGGGAAUCAUGUGAAAGUUGUAUCUGGCACUCAGGAAGGUGCAACUGGUAUGGUUGUUAAGGUUGAGCAGCAUGUUCUCAUCAUCUUGUCUGAUGUAACGAAAGAACAUAUCCGUGUGUUUGCUGAUGAUGUUGUGGAGAGCUCUGAGGUGACAUCUGGUAUUACCAGAAUUGGGGCAUAUGAGCUUCAUGAUCUCGUGCUACUGGAUAAUAAUAGCUUUGGUGUAAUCAUACGCGUAGAAAGUGAAGCAUUCCAGGUUCUUAAGGGAGUUCCUGAUAGACCUGAGGUUGCCCUUGUCAAGUUAAGAGAGGUCAAAUGCAAGAUUGAGAAGAGUUUUCCUGUGGAAGUUAAGUAUAAACACAAGGUAUCUGUGAAGGAUGUUGUGAGGGUCAUUGAUGGCCCUUGUGAGGGGAAACAGGGUCCUGUGCAACACAUAUACAGAGGAGUCUUGUUCAUCUUUGAUCGCCAUCACCUGGAGCAUGCAGGCUUUAUCUGUGUUAAGUCUCAUAAUUGUGCUCUUGUGGGAGGUUCACGUGCUAAUGGCGAUAGAAAUGGUAACUCCAAUUCACGAUAUGACCACCUCAGAACUCCUCCUCGUGUUCCUCAGUCCCCGAAUAGGUUUUCUAGAGGAGGACCUCCAUCUAACUAUGGAGGAAGGAAUAGAGGUGGACGAGGGCAUGAUGGCUUGGUUGGGACUACAGUAAAGAUUCGCCAGGGUGCCUAUAAGGGUUAUCGUGGACGUGUUGUUGAGGUUAAGGGACCAAAUGUACGGGUUGAGUUGGAGUCCCAAAUGAAGGUUGUUACAGUUGAUCGUAAUUGUAUUUCUGAUAAUGUGGCUGUUACCACACCUUAUCGUGAUACAUCUCGCUACGGUAUGGGAAGUGAGACUCCCAUGCAUCCUUCUCGAACUCCUCUCCAUCCAUAUAUGACUCCCAUGAGGGAUGCUGCAGCAACACCUAUACAUGAUGGCAUGAGGACUCCUAUGCGUGACCGAGCAUGGAAUCCAUAUGCACCUAUGAGUCCAGCUAGGGAUAACUGGGAGGAAGGAAACCCUGCAUCUUGGGGUGCUAGCCCACAGUAUCAGCCAGGAAGUCCUCCUUCGCGGGCGUAUGAAGCACCAACUCCUGGUUCAGGUUGGGCAAACACUCCUGGUGGAAAUUAUAGUGAAGCUGGUACACCGAGGGACAGUAGUUCCGCUUAUGCAAAUGCUCCGAGCCCUUACUUGCCAUCAACUCCAGGUGGCCAGCCUAUGACACCAAAUUCGGCAUCCUACCUUCCUGGAACCCCUGGAGGGCAGCCAAUGACACCAGGCACUGGUGGUCUGGAUAUGUUGUCUCCUGUUAUAGCAGGUGGGGACAGUGAAGGACCGUGGUUCCUCCCAGACAUAUUGGUCAGUGUACACAGUUCUGGAGAGGAAACUACUGGGGUUGUGAGAGAAGUGCUUCCGGAUGGCUCCUGUAGGGUAGCUAUUGGGUCGGGUGGCAACGGGGAAACUAUAAUAGCACUUCCAAAUGAAAUGGAGGCGGUGGUACCGAAGAAAAGCGAUAAGAUAAAGAUCAUGGGUGGGUCACUACGAGGAGCGACCGGUAAGCUGAUUGGUGUUGAUGGCACAGACGGAAUUGUGAAGGUAGAUGACACUCUUGAUGUUAAGAUUUUGGACUUAGCUAUUUUGUCAAAACUAGCCCAAUCGUAAUUCCGUGGGAUCGAAUAAAAUUUCAAUAUGUAAAUCAUCAUUGAUUUUUUGUAGUAUUUUUCUUUUUGGGAAGCAAAAGGCCUUGAUUGUUC